AUGGACGCCCUCCUCGAGAUCCUCGACCCCUUGGUGCUCGACAAGGCCUACGCCUACGUCCUCCCCAGAACGACUCCCCUCGCUUCCUCAGAAUACUCCAAUGCGACCUACGUCUCCUCCCACAUUGACCCCGACUCCUUCUUCUACUCCGAGGCCGAGUUUGCUUCAGCCUGGGGCCGCGAUCACCUCUACCGACAGAUCUCUUCGUGCUUGAUCAUUGCCGGUUUCGGCGCAGCUUUCCUCUACACCCUCUUCUCAGCCUUCUCCUACUACCUUAUCUACGACCGCCGCCUCGAAUACCACCCGCGAUUCCUCAAGAACCAGAUCCGACAGGAGAUCAUCUCCUCCUUUAUCGCCAUUCCCGUCAUUGACGUCCUCACCCUGCCCUUCUUCCUCGGCGAGGUCCGCGGCCACAGCCUGCUAUACAGCAAUAUCGAUGACUAUGGCUGGCCAUGGCUCAUUGUCUCGACCCUCAUCUACAUGAUGUUCAAUGACUUGGGCAUCUACUGGAUUCACCGGCUCGAGCACCACCCCAGCAUCUACAAAUACAUCCACAAGCCUCACCACAAGUGGAUCAUUCCUACCCCAUGGGCAUCAUUUGCUUUCCACCCUCUUGACGGAUGGGCCCAGUCUCUCCCAUACCACGUCUUCGUCUACGUCUGCCCCAUGCAAAAGCACCUCUACAUGUUCCUCUUCGUUGUUGUCCAGCUCUGGACCAUCCUCAUCCACGAUGGCGACAUGAUUACUGGUCACUGGCUCGAGGACAUCAUCAACUCCCCCGCUCACCACACCCUCCACCACAUGUACUUCACCUGCAACUACGGCCAGUACUUCACCUGGGCUGACAACUACUUUGACUCUCACCGUGCCCCCCGACCCGAGCUCGACCCCAUCAACGAAGCAAUUAAGGUCAUGCGCGAGAAGGGCCUGGUCGACGAGAAGGGCAACCCCAUCAAGAAGCCCAAGAAGGAGUAA